AUGAGCUGCAGCAGUGUUGAAGGAUCGGAGUUCUCUGAAGAAGACCUGGAGCUUGGCGUGCUGGGUGAGGGGGAGGACGAAGGGAGUCCCAAGGAGUCUUUCGAAGACAGCGAGAGCUCUGCCAGCCCUAGUGACCUAGAGGAAGGUCAGACCAAGAAGCGUAAUCGACCGGUUCGCUCAAAAGCUCGAAGGAUGGCCGCCAACGUCCGUGAGCGGAAACGCAUCAUGGACUACAACCAGGCGUUCAAUGCCCUGCGCGUCACUCUGAACCACGACCUCAGCGGCAAGCGGCUGUCAAAGAUCGCCACCCUGCAGAGGGCCAUCAACCGCAUCUCCGCUCUCUCAGUGUUCCUGAGCUCCAACCCCCCCAGCAAGCCCUGCGCCCACCGGGAGUGCAACAGGUCGUCUGCAGGACCCGCUGCCAUGGGAGCAUCUCGGCAUGAGCAGACCCGGGCCCCGGCUCCUCGUCUGGAGCCUCAGAGUUACGUCCCCUGGCACUCGUCCAUCCCUCACCAGAUGCCCCCUCAACAAGGGCCUCCCCUGCACCGGCUGCCCACGGAGCCUCAUGUGUACAUGGACAACACCGCGUCAUCAUGUCCCCCGUCACCACACUACCCUUGUUACCCCCCUGAGGGACAGCUUUAUGCCUCAUAUGGACACUGCGGCAGCCCCCACGACCAUCCGCCCAGCCCUAUGCGAUACCCACAGGUGGGUGAGGGUUUGGGGUACCAGACGGGCAUGUGGGGCUCCUGCACUCAGAAAUACAUGGACACUUUUGUGGAGCCCUCUCCAGCUCUGGGGCUUCCCUGGCAGAUGAGCUACAUGCAGGAGCCGGAGCACAUCCUCCCUCUGGGUUCUGAAAUCCUAUAA